AUCUUUUUUCUUUUUUUCUUAAAUAAAUGUCUUCUGCAGAGAUUCAACCCUUGUAUCGCUCAUUCUUGAGGGUUGUUCAACGAUGGCCUGUAGAUAAAGUGAGACCUAAUAAGGAUUUAAAACAAGUAUUGACAACAAAAGUUGAAGAAAGUUUUCGGAAUGAAAGCACACUUGACAUUGCUCAAGCAGAGAAACAGUUAUUUGCACUUGAAAAAUUAUUAAACAAUGAUUUUAAACAAAAGUAUCCGCUUUCAGAAGCGAUUCUAUACCCUGCAAGUAAUCCAAAAUACUAUUCAAAAUUGAUAUCUGCCCUUGGUGCAAACAAGGAAAGCAACAAAGGAUUUUUAGCAAGACUAUUAGGUCAAUAGAUAGAAAAAAUAAAAGUCUGAGCCACUAGAAGAUUUUUUUUUUUUUACCUUUCUUUUUAUUUAAAAUGUCAAAUAAACGAGCUAGAAUUGACGAUAGCCAAAUUGAAGGCAAAUUACAAAAAGAUCUAUUCACUGUUGAGUCCUUGACGAGGUUAGAAAAAGCUUAUAAAGAAUCCAAGCCUUAUCUUCACUGUAAAAUUGAUCAAUUAUGUGAUAAUGAUCUCUUAUUGCGCGUUCGAAAAGAAAUUCUUUCCAGUUUACAUUUUACGCUUAAAGAAACAGAUAUUUACAAGGUCAACCAAACAGGCGACUUGGCCAAUUUGGACGGUCUUCCCGAAGCAGAAUUGAAACAGUUAUCUAGUCUUUUUGAACUUCGUAACGCGCUUUAUUCUCAGGAUUUUCGUAACUUUAUCUCUCAUGUUACCGGCUGUGGACCUUUAUCUGGCUCAAAGAUGGAUAUGAGUAUCAACUCUUACCAAACAGGUUGUCAUCUUUUGAAUCACGAUGAUGUGAUAGGCACUCGCAGAGUAUCGUACAUUCUAUAUCUCACAGACCCCGAAAACCCUUGGAAGCCUGAAGAUGGUGGAGCUCUCGAACUCUAUCCAGUUAUCAAAAAGGGUAUCCCCGCAUCAGAGCCUACAGUGACCAUUCCUCCUCAAUGGAAUCAAUUUGUCAUGUUUACUGUUCAACCCGGCCACUCAUUCCACUCAGUAGAAGAGGUCAUUGGCACGGGUAAUCGUCUUAGCAUCUCUGGCUGGUUUCAUAUACCACAAGAAGGCGAAAUUGGAUACAAGGAACCAUCUAAUGAAGGAGAGGCAAAGUCUUCGCUUGAGCAACUUCAAGAAGAUUCCAGCGACAACUUCACAAAGUAUCCAGUAAAGGAGGAAGAAGAAACAGUAGGAUUAACAGAGGAUGUGCUGACUGAACUGGCAGAAUGGAUCAACCCUCACUAUUUGGACCUAAAGAUGAUUCAUAAGCUAUCAGAAACCUUUUUAGAUGAAUCUGCUGUCCAGUGCAAGAAAUUCUUGAAUGAGACAUUGCUUGAAAAAUUAGAACGUAUCACACAACAAUAUGACGAAGAAGACAAACUAGCCACGGGUAAGGAUGGUAUUGCAUCUCAUGGCACAGGCGUACGCGAAGGCUGGGUCGUUCAAGGCCCUCCUCAUCGAUCUCGUUUUAUGGUUUCCACUGGCAAAGAUGAACUCUUUCAGUACUUGGCCACCAAGUUUGAAUCUGAAGCAUUCCGUCAAUGGUUAAAUGCCAUUGUACAAAUCAUGCCAGUCGGCUAUCGUGGUCAAAUCCGUCGUUUCCGUCCAGGACAUGAUUAUACAUUGGCUACAACCAACACAAGAGGUCAGGGAGUGCUGGACGUUACAUUUUGCCACGUAAGCAAGCCUGAAUUCUGGGAAGAUGGCGAUAUUGGUGGAUAUGAGUGUUACAUGGCUGCACAUGACGGUGAAGAGGAUCCAGCUACUUAUAAAGCGGCCGAUGAGGAUGGUGAACUAUUGAGCUUAGCAGCAGGAAAAAAUGAGCUAUCUAUUGUUCUUAGAGACCAAGGUGUUAUGCGAUUUAUCAAAUAUGUUAGUGCAAAAGCCCCUGGAUCACGCUGGGAUGCUGCUUAUGAAUAUGACUUGCCAGAAAACUUUGAAGAAGAAGAAGAAGAAUAGAUUGUAUAUAGCUGAAAUAAUAAUAAAAAACAUACGUUGCAUUAUUGACUCAUUCUAUUUUUCAUGAGAGAAUGUAACUUUGUUGUAAAGGG